AUGGAAGAUCAAUUUCCUAUUGUUAGAAGUUAUGAUGGUAAUAAAAUAAUAUAUCAUUCUAUUUAUGAAGGAUUUUAAGAAUUAUAAUUCUCAAUUACUGAUGAAUCUUGGGAAGUUAAGAAGAUGUAGAUUAAAAUACAAUUAUUCCUUAAAUUCAAUAAUUCUAAUUUAACUAAGAAUUUAAAUUAAAUAUUUUUUGCUUUAAUCAUUUUUAGAACUUUGUUGAUGGCUAGAUCUUUUAGAUGUCUCAUUUUUAUAAGAUUUAUUAGAAAUUGA